GGGGGUUUUCUGGGCAUUUAAAUCACCUGUAGGCUGGAUUUGGCCUUUGAUUCACUAAUGUUUGCUUGCCUGUCUGUUUAAACAAAACUGAUUCAGAGGGACCAAACAGGAGGUGGUGAAGGCUGACAGGUAACAGGGGCUGCCUGUGGGGGCUCAGGAGACCUCUGGCCUAAACAGUCUCUAUGAUGGAUACGUGAAGAAAUCAUACACAUGCUGUGUGGGAAACACUCAUGGGUUCCUGAGUGGUUUGGGAUACUCUUUCAUCAGAAAUCUAUCUUCUGUUGAACAAGUUGUAUAUGCUUACAUGCAUUUUAAUGAUACACCGUUGUAUAAUAUGUAGGUAAUUUAGCAGGGGUGGGAUUAUCAAUUACAUUUACUGCAGUCCGCACGCCUUUUUGUUUGGAUAUACAACCUCUCUGGGGGAAAAGAGAGCAAUGCCAUUGAUUUUAGGGUAACGUGAUGUGCGUAGGGUUGUUCGAUAGUGACCGAAGUGAUGGAGCGGUUGAGUCCAGGUAUCAGCAGAGGCUUGCAUGGAGGGCUGGGAGAGCCCAGGCUUCACUCGCCCUCUCCACAGCUGCUGCCAUGCUCAAUAUAGCUGUGGCCCUCGGGGAGGGGAAGGCAGCUGCGGUGCCGGGGUUCGGGCUCCUCUGGAGACCCGGCAUGGCCCUGCUGCUCUUUGUUCUGUGCACGGGCUCUGCCCAUGGGAAAACCCCUGUCUCCGGGAGGUGGGAUCAUAAAACGAGGUUGUGACACAACAGCUAAUGGAGGAUAGAGCCUGAGGCUUGGCAUCAUCCUGUCCCAAUGGCUGUGGAUGUGGGAAAAUCGCUUUCCGAAGCCUCGCUGAGUGGGAAGGCCGAGAGCAGCGGUCGGUGGGACUGUGCAGAGGUGGAGACGGACUACCCAGAGCUUGCACACAGCCUGCGCCGGGUUGCAGGGGCAGAGCAGGCCAAGCCCUGCCCGCAGGGGAUGGACGGCGUGGCACUGAGCAGGCACAGUCGCUUGGCCACUGGUGUUACCCAGGGAGGCUCGAGCUACCACCAGGAAGUGCCUUCAGCAUCCGCAUCCAGGCUUCCCAGAGCAAGGGGAAGCCUCUUGGAGGCAGAGGCGUUGAUCUAUGGUGACAGUGGUGAUGUGCCUCUUCACGUUAGACACCGGUUCCUGUUCUCAGAGGAGCAGCAGGUGAAGGCAUCGGGCUGUUGGGAGCCCGUGUCCAGCCCUCCCAGCUCUGCAGAGGAGAGCAUCCUUGCUGGUAGCUGCCACGUUGCCGGCCGGCAGAGCCAAAGGCUGGGGGCUCAAUCCCCACUUUCCUCCACGCUGGAGCUCCUGCAGCCUCAGACCCCACCGAGCCCCAGGACCACCCUGCGGAGCCGCUCCGCAUCGAGCUGCUCCGCUCUGUCUUCGGAAGAGAACGGCCUCUCCGAGGAGCCAUCCCGGAGCUUGCCGGCCAGCGUGGAUGUGCCUUCCCCUGCCACCAGCACCCGGGACCUGUGCCGCCGGUGGGGAGCAGCACAGGGCAGGGCGCUGCGGGUGCGCAAGCCCUUCGGUGCUCUGCUUGACUACCGCAGCACCGGGGGGUGCAUCAGGGGGAUGUCAUCCUAUCAGGCUGAUUACUGGGCAUGUGCCCUCCCGGAUUCAUUGCCCCCGUCUCCAGACCGUUGCUCGCCCCACUGGAACCCCAAUAAGGAAUAUGAGGACUUGCUGGAUUAUGCUUAUCCACUGAAGCCAAAAUACAAGCUGGGAAAGGUGCCGGAUCCUUUCUUCCAUGACUCGGGGAUAGGUUUGGACAGCUUUUCUCUUUCCCCUGAAGGCACAUCGAGGUCCACCAGCAUCUAUGGCCGAGGUGGGCAGGCUCAGGGAGGCAGAGAAGGUGGACGCUGGGGGUUCAUGGGCUCUGCAGAGAGGUUCUCUACCGUGGAGCCUGGAAAAAGGGGCCUGUCAUCCUGUGAACCUUUACCUAUUGCAAAAACAUCCUCCACAAGAAGUGCUUCCUCUCAUCCUUCAAGAGGCUUUGCUAAGGAUGGAGCCACGGAGUCAGCUGGGACGGGCUCAUCUGGCCGCCCUGCUGCGGAUGGGAGAAGCUGGUGCACCAGAGGGAGCCCCUUCCCAAAGGACAAAGGGCAGGCGAAAAGCACUGGUAGGUUUUUACCUACAACGGCAGUGCUCCCCUUGAGGAAGGAGUGGGACGGUGAUGAAGAAUUCCUCUCUCUGCCUCCGAGACUGCUGGAGCUGGAAAGGCUGGCUCAGUUCUUGUCUGAUCUUUCCUUAACUAUAAGGACUCCUGGGCAUGACCAUCAUGAACUUCCAUGUCACAGCAACAGCAGGAAGCCCUGUUCAUCCCAGUUGGCUCCUUUCGGAGGAGCAGGUGGCAGGGAUGGAAGAGGGAGUUUUGAGGGUUAUGCUGGGCUGUGGCACCCCUGCAGCUCUCAGAAGUCCAGCCAGGAAAACACUGAAUUAUGUGGCCGCAUCCAUAGGGAUCCUUUGCAGGGGCUUUAUCUACCGACUGGUCUCAGAGACACGUUGGAUGGCAGGUACCUAAACGAACCACGGGUCAAGGGGCAUCCCAGGAAGAGCCUUCAGAGCGAGUCCCUUGCCCAGUGCAUUAAGAUGUUUUGCUGCCAGCUGGAAGAGCUGAUCCGCUGGCUGUACAACGUCGUGGACAUCACUGACAGCUGGGUACCACCCUUGCCGGAUGCCAAGAGCAUGAAGGCAUCGCUGCACCGCUGCUUGGAGUUCAGGAAGGACGUGGCCAACCACCGGAGCCUGACAGAGAGCGUGCUGGAGAAGGGAGAAGCUCUCCUCGACUGCAUGGCAUCAAAUUCACCAGUUCUGAAGGACACGCUGGGUUUGAUUGCGAAGCAGUCAGAAGAGCUGGAAACCCACGCAGAGCACCUGUACGAGUCCGUUCUAGCUGCUGUGGGUCCCAUGCGGGGCAAGGAUGGGGUGGAGGACAAGGGGGUGCAGCAGACGGCUGCUCAGUGGGUGCUGCCUCUAUCAGACCUGGCCUUGAUCAGCCAGGCACGGGAUGGCUGAGAGCUGCAGCAAGCACCAAAGCACCUCCUUCCCCUCCCACAGAGACGCCAAAACACGUACGAGCACUGUGUAGGGAGUUAACCAGCUGGGGCUGAUUUUGUGCUGGUUCUUUACUGUGGCUUGAGAAGGGCAAGCUGUACAGCAGUUAUCUGGCUGCUGGGCUGUGUAGCUCAUGGUUGUGCGAGUGAGGAAUGUGCAGCUGGCCUUUUGGGGUUUGUUUUUUAAUGUAGCUUUCAUGGGGUUUUUAAUCGAAGUGGCUUUGUUCCAUGUGUGAGCAAGAACGUCAGGAACACACCCGUUUGUAACUGAGUAAUCCACCGUGUGCCGUGCAACUCCCUCCUAAGUAAAGCCGUGUGAUUUGAAUA